AUGUCUAUAACCCCCAAAGUUGUCCCGGAUACCUAUCUUCAACCGGAUAAACCAAGAUCAAGUCUACAGUACAUAACAGAAGGUACUUUUGGACGUAUAUACAGGUACGCCAACUCUUCUGAUAAAGUGGUAUAUAAGAUGGUCAAAGAGAGGGAGCAUGGGUUGAAGUUGCAGGAGGAGUUCAGCAUUUAUGGCGAUAUACACCAAUCCCUCCCUCCCAUACAAGUAGGCUUUAGGGUACCUAAGCCAAUCGAGUAUUACAAAUCCUCAUACCUCAACGAACCAUCCAUCCUACUCGAUCGGUCAUCUUCACCCAUCCAAUCCGCAGUCACUAAGACAUUCAACCUUCCUGAUGACUUUGAAUUCCCUGCAUUUUCCAUGUCCCUCAUUCCACCUCUCGACACAAGCAUAGUAGACACGUACAAAUCCCUAUUUUGGUCUGAAGAUCUCCAAAAUCAAAAUAGAAAUUCAAACGGACCAAACACGGAAAUUAGAUUAUUAAGAUUAUAUUUCGGUAGAGAAGAUAUACCACUUAGAACAGAACAGAUUCAACCGGGUAUCAAGACUGACCCACCACUUGAUAUUUUUCGAUAUAACAGCCUGUCUUGUACUCUUAAAAAGGAAUAUGAUUGGAGUUUACCAUAUAUCGAAGACGUUUCGAGUAGUAUGGGAAGGUUACUGGCGAAUCUACAUUGGCUAGGGGGUACAAAUUGUAGAGACAUAGAACUUGUACUUGGUGGCGGCGGUAACGAUGGAAGGGGAGAAAAAGCUCAAUGUUGGGUAUUGGAUUUCAAUCAGUGUCAACGCUGGCUCAUCCUUCACCUCCUCCAAUCCUCAACCUCAACCUCAUCUGCGUCCAAUCUACCAAGUCCCACAACGGGUAUAUAUUCCUCCAAUACCCUCCUUGAAGCAUCGAAGAGACUUUCAACCCUCAUCUACACUCAAGAACUCUACUAUCCUCGACCUCAUCAAGGGGAAGUCUAUGAACAAUUCAAAAAGGGAUAUGAGAGAGCUGUGGAGCUGAUUUUGAAUCAGCAGUAUAAAGGGAUAAGAUUGAAAUCGAAGUCUGAGAUUAGGGAAGCUACCAAAGGCUUUUUUGAGGAAUAUGAAAAACUUGAUAGAGAGAAGAUGGCCAGGAGAUCUAGGAUGGGUAAACAGAUUGUGUAA